GGUCAAUAAAUCAAACUCCAGAGUCCAGGAUCAGGCCCAGGCUUUUCAAAAAUCUCGAUCUCUAAUAUACAUAACUCCCCCUUCCUUUAACCUCUCAAUUAUUCCAUUAUUUUCAGUUCAUCUUUUCCUUCCUGACCCCUAUUUGCAACGUUUGGAUAUGCCCGAUCAUAUAAAUUUUACAAACCUUGAAAAACGCGGUCAUGGUUUAAUAAUAAAACCAAAAAUAAGUGCCUCUGAUUGGUAUGCAAUUUUAACUGCAUUUAUUGCUGCUUUGCUAGUUUUUAUUUUGUUGUUUGUCGAGACUGAAAUAACUGAAUUAUUACUUUGUCGAAAAGAAAGGGGUUGCAAAAAAGGGAGUGGAAUGCAUUGGGAUUUGGUUUUGAUGGGAAUUUGUGCUUUUCUUUGUUCGCUUUUUGGAUUGCCUUGGAUGUGUGCUGCUGCUGUUCAGUCUUUAGCACAUUGUUCGUCAUUAUCUGUUAUGAAGAAAACUGCACCUGGGGCAAGACCGGAAGUUGAUUAUGUUUUAGAACAACGUGUAACAACAAUCGGCGUUUCUCUUCUUAUCGGGCUAAUCGCAUUUGGAGGAAAUUAUUUAAGAUUACCAUUAGCUUCUCUUUUUGGUGUUUUUCUAUAUUUGGGUGUUAUGAAUUUGAGAGGGGUUCAAUUAAUUCAUCGAAUUGUUCUUUUCUUUAUACCCAAAAAGUAUUUGCCUGAUACAAGAUAUGCACAAGAGAUGAGCAUUUGGCGAAUGCAUUUAUAUACUUGGAUUCAAUUAAUUUGCCUUUUUGUUGUUUACACAGUUAAAUAUUUUAAAAAGACUGCUUUGGCUUUUCCUUUUGUUUUAAUGUUAUUCAUCUUCUUAAGGCAAAUUGUAUUACCACACAUUUUUACACAACCAGAACUUAAAGCGGUAAAAUAUACAUAUGUACAUAUUAAAGGGGAAAUGGGAAAAAUUUUUCUGAAAAUCAAAAAAUUGCUUUUUUUGGGGUUUCAGAUUUGUCUGUUCUUUUAA